UGGUGCAUUCCGACCAGACGCGUUGGGGGCGUUAAGCGCGGGUGAUUUACAUGUUAAGUCAAUGCAAAGGCGCGAAUAGACAUCAUGCGGCGCGGUUCGCGCUAAUGGCGCGGUGCGAAUUGAGCUUUUAGCGCGAAUGGCGCGGCGCGAAAUGAGCGUUUCGAGCGUUGACGUGCGAAUGGCGCGGCGCGGAUUGAGCGAUUUGAGCGUUGACGCAGAUUCGCAGGAAACGCUCGAGUUGAAAAAUUUGAACUUUGGCGGACUUUCGCGCCGCGUUAACCAAUCAGGAGCUUUCUCUAGUAGUGACGUACCUACAGGAAGCGAGCGGAGGCAGAAAGACGAGAACAACAAUGGAGGAGAAACUUAUAAUCGCCGUUUGUGGACACCCAGACAUUUACGACACCACUUCGUACUUUUAUAGGGACAGGAAUAAAAAGGAUCUUGCUUGGAAGAAAGUGAGUGAGGAAGUCGGACAAUCCGCGGAAAUGUGCCGAAAGAAGUGGAAGGGUCUGAGGGAUACCUAUUUAAAGGAGAGGAAAAAGGAGAUGGAGAAGCGAAGUGGGUCAGCAGCAGGGUCAGGGAAGAAAUGGAAAUACUCUGCGGUCCUGUCUUUCCUCGACCCCUUCGUCUCCCCACGGGAGACAAGCGGGAAUAUGGAGAGGGGGGAAGAGGAGAUUCAGGCCGCAGGGUACGACCACCCCGAGAGCCAGAGCGAGGCAGAAGCAGCAGCAGGGCAGUCAGAGACAGGAGAGCCGACUGGUUACGUUGAUAGCAGUGAACCUGGGUCCCCUCUGCCAGAACCUGCUGCUGCUUCUGCUUCCCGUCCUGGCCCUUCAACACCUGCUGCUGUACCCAGAGCACCGAGACGAGCUGGUCAUAAGAGGCCUAGGGAGCAGCCAUCGGAGGUGGAGCGGCAGCUCCUGGAAGCACUCCAGACGCGUCCUGCGCCACCUCCGCCUCCGCCUCCACCGCCACCACGCUCGGAUGAAGAGCUCUUCCUUAUGGGUCUGGUUCCUACCCUGCAGAUGGUGCCGCCUCACAGAAGAGAAUAUGUAAAAUUUCAAAUGUACAAAUUAUUAUACGAAAACAUAACAGUAGUACUCAAUUUAGAGCCUACAGAUUAAUUUUGAGGCAGCACUUUCUGCAGGAUGGGAACCAGAAUUGCUUCUCCUUUCUCCUCUCCUUUAAUCUCUCAGUUCUUCCCAUCUCUCAGUUCUUCCCAAGCAAGAUUCUUUUUAUUCCUGCAUGAAAAAUAGUUGUAAAUGUUCUUUGUACAUAGUUUUUAUGUGAUUUUUAUUUAUUUUGACGAAUGAAAUGUUUUAUACAAUCACCAAAGUGAUGUGUUUUGGUGUCUAACUUUUUUUUUAUGUCUGAAUAAAUUAUUUUGAAAUAUGACUUAAUGCCUGGUGUGAUUCUAAUGCACAACAAAGCAAGUGUUUUAUCACAUAAACUUGAUUUCAAUAUGUGACACAUUGAUUUUGUAUUGAAUGCUAUUUUUUCCAUAUCUAAAUCUUGAUUUUCUGAAACAUUACUUUAUGGACAGUGUUGUGGGAUGGAAACAAAGAAAUCACAGGAAAGUUUAAUUACAUUGAGGCUGGCUCCAUUUAUUAUCAAUACAAAAAUAAAUGACGGUAUAAAUUAUUUUACAGUAAUAACAUGAACAAAGAAAUUGCACAUACCUAUAGAAUUAUUAAACAUCAAAAGAGGAAUGACAUUGUUCAGCUAUGUUACUUAUGAAUGUGACAAACUUGCAGUCAUACAUUUCUGAAUUAGAUGAACAACCCCAAAUAUGGGCUUGUUUACCAUGCAUGGACUACUAAUAAUGUAUGCUUUUAUCACUGGUAACACUUUAAAAUAAUGUUAUUUAGUUAACAUUAGUUCAUGUUAACUAAUGUAGUUAACUAAUGAUGAACUGCACUUAUACAGCAUUUAUUAAUCUUUAUUAAUGUUAAUU